UAGACACAGACCUGAGACCAGUUUGUGAAUUUUUUCGAGUGUUCGUUGUCCGCUAUAAUUUUUCAGUUUAAUCCUGUAACUAUUAAUAUUUUAAUAAAUGUUCAAAUAAAAUGGGUUUAUUACGUUACAUGUUUAUCUUAAUUUUGGUAGCAUGUUGUGCUGUAUCGACUUCGGGAGAGUGCACUAUUCCUAUAGUCCUGAGGAAUACAUGGUUCUCUUUUGAAAAUGGACAACAGACAAUAACUGAUAUUAAUGCGAAUGAGAUGACUGGAAGAGGUGUGUGUGUAAACAUCAGGGCAGACUAUCAUGUGAACUACACAAUGGUGUUCCAGUACACCAACUGCUACUACUGUGUAAAGCUCAUAGUGCGAACUGUCAAUGUGCUGGAGAAAAUUGAAACACCUUGUGUGGACUUGGCUGCUGAUGAAGAGCCAACUGUUGACAGAGUGUGCAGGGGCCUUAAUCCUGAUCAGAAUCUUAUUACAUUGUUCUCGGAAAACUCUGUUCCAGUAAAUUGUAGAUCAUCGCUGGAAGGAGUGUGGCAGUUUGCCUAUCAGAAUCGUUUUCGAUUUACUGGUGAAUGCAACCAUCCUGAUGCACAGAUUAAAUCCUGCCAGACAGCUGGCACACAGUUCUUGAUUACCAAUCAGAAGUUCAACAUUACUUAUAGAAAGUGCCCAGGCAUGUCUGGCACCUUUGAUGGUGUUGUUGAAUAUAGCUGCCUUGGGCAUUGGUUUGUCAACAAAAACCACUUCUUUGCUGUUGCCAACACUAAGGAAUCUCGUAAAGAUGAGAGGUACAGGUGCUUCCUAAAGAACAGAGAUGAUGAUUUGUACAUUGGGGCCUCCAUCACCCCAGAGUGCAAUAUAUUGAAGACUGUGGAAAAGUCUCCAGAGAGAUACAGAGUUACUCCUGUAAAGGCUGAAGUGGUGGAACCAGGAUGUCGUUUGCCGCAAAACUUCUCUGGCGAAUGGAUCAACACAGCCAACAUAGAUGCUGAUGUGUUCAUUAACGAGACUCACAUCAUCGAAACUUACUAUCCUGACGAGGGCCGGUACAGACGCACUAUUUAUGUAUGCAGGGAGCAACGUGAUACAAGAGUAAUGAUGGCCCGCCUUACUGUUGACGGAUGUCAAAAGGACUAUGUGUGCUUCGAUUUUGUGCCUCAACACCACAACGUUAUAAGGUUCCGCAAAGGCCUAGCCAUGAUACAAAGCAACUUCCACACUGUAUGCUCGUGGACACAGUUCCCUAAUAAACAGGAAUGGCGAUAUGACAUAUUCCUCAAGAAGGAUCCGUCGCCCAUCCGCUGCCCAGUAGCAGGAAAAUUCAACUUUACACAGAAAGGAGACGUCAGAUUCGAAACGAGGAUACUUGGGGGUGUAACCCUAAGUCCCCGUCCAAAUUUAUACUGUAAAUUGAACAUAAGUGAUUUCUCAGUGUGUGAUGUAGAUCAAAAAACCAUACAGAUAAAGGAAAACUAUUGCUUGUCUGUGGACUAUCUGGGUAGGCCUGUAGAUAUUUACAGUGAUCCAGAUUACAAGAUGAAGUGUAUUGGAUAUUGGAAGGAGAAUCUCAAGUCUUAUCUGAUUACGUAUGAUGAGUUGGACCCUUUCUCCAAAUACAGAUGUUGGGUUUACCAGAGAGCUGAUCUGAACAGGGUUCUUAUGUCUCAAGCAUUGGGUCCAUAUUGCGAUUUGAAACAGGAUGUGACGUCAUGGAACUAUACAGAGGGCGCGGCCGUCGCCAUAGAGAUGGAAGAAUACGAACGAGAGAGGGAUCAAUGCCCGAUGUAUUUCGAUGACGGCACUGACCCUUGGGCGACCAAAGAAAACUUUAUAAAAAUCUUCUCUUUCACUUAUUCGUUCUGGAGAAAUAAUAGUGCGAGUAGGAUAGAAGUAUUUAUACCAGUGCUAUUGGUAGUUCUAUUUAGGUUUUUAUUACAAUGAUUAGUGUCAUGUUUGUAGUAGCAACACGGUAGCAACGUACAUUUAGAGCCUUAGAGCCUGUUUCACAAUCUCCAGAUGUCAGUUUUUGUAUUAGGAAUCUGUGAAAGUGUCAAAUUUAUUGGUUAGACAUGGGUUAGAUAAAGUUUAUCUGGCGAUUGUGAAACAGGCCUUUAAUAAAACAAAAGGAACAAAAAGCAACCAGCCAGUAACCGUUAAACCAGUUUCUAAGGCUUGCUUUUUGAAAUACUGGGCAGCAAAAAUUUAAAACUAAGUCAAUUACAAAAAAAAAACAGCACAGCACUAGCACAUAUCGUGAAAUAUUCACUAUAGAAAUUUUAUUUUCCAUGGCAGAGUAUGUAGUAUAGUGGAUAAUUUAAGAUUAACUUUGGUAAUUUAAUAAAUAGUGAUUAGUGACUAUGUUAAAAAUAUCAAUGAAUAUGUAUCAUAUUCUUGUAGAUAUU